UCAAUACUGAAAAAAGAUGAAAUGUAGAGUGUUAUUGUUCAACACUCCUUCAGUUUGUUGGAUUAAUUACAGGGAGUGUCGGGUGGAUGAGAGAUGACAUCUAGGCUUGAGAUAAACAAGAUAUGAUUGACCAAAUCUAGGGAAUGAAUGAAUCUUUGCCUUUAUAGACUCUAGUGCUUUAGUGGUGUUUCUGCUGUGAUUGUGUGAAGGGGCGGGUCUUGUGCUGAAGCUCUACCGUGCUGAGGCAGUUAUAAAAGCGUUUCCGUUUCUCCUGCUGAGGCUAAAACAAUGAGCGUCUUUGGAAGGAGGACACGUUUUAAACCCUAGGCGAAAGCAGGACGGAUGUGUUCGGUACCAUUUUGGAUGUAACCGAUUGCAAGAUUGUAAAUAAACCCGAGGGGGAUAUUUAUGUGUAAUGUUGAACCGGUGAGCCUCUCCUGAUCAGCACCUUUGCAUAUAAAGAGCUCUUCAACAGGGUGUAUAAAGCAGGGAUAAAAGUAGAUUUAGAAAAAGGGAACAGUGAAGGACAGUCAGGUUGUUCAGGACUACUGAAAGCUGCAGAUUUAAAGGUACACUCAGGCUGGCAAUGGUGGGGAGGCUCAAUUUGCGCAAUGUGUGUGACGAAGACCUGCUGGAGAUGAAUCUGAAAGCUGAGAGACUGCUGGACAGUCCAGACUCUGGUCUGCCUCCCAGCCCCAGUGUGAGUCCGAGCCCGUGGCUGAUCGGGGACAGGAGUGGGGACAGGAGUGGGGACAGGAGCACCGCCAGCUCCGUGUGUGAGGACGAGGGCAGAGCUGCGACUCCCGCUGCGGGUCCUCUUAAGCAUGUUAGAGGUGUCUCGCAAUUACACCCAUUUUCCUACGGUGUGGGAAUUGAACUUGAUCCUCUGCCCCCAAAAGAAUUAAGAUACACAUCAUCAGUGCGCUAUGACUCGGAUCGCCACUACAUCCAGGAUGUGUGUUUGCAGCCCACAGGUUUGGGCCUGGAGUCGUACAGCCAGACCAUCAUAGCUGUCUCAGAGAGCACGUGGAGACGAUAUAAGACCCAGUUGGAGUUUGAACCCCGUCAGCGGGUGCAGAACUACCGGAGCACCACCAUCGUGUACCCCAAACAUGCCAGGACCCUGUACACCACACAGCUCAGCUAUGAUGGACGCAAGUUGGCCAAGCGCUUCCUGUCCAGUGUGGAACUAGAGGUGUCUGACUGUAAGGCCAAUCAAUGUUGAAGGAAGAGGGACUUUUUGGAGAAAUGCUAACAAAAUAUUCACGCCCAUCCUUAUUCACGAAAACCCAUGUUCACCAUUGAGUGUGUUGGAACUGGAUGGGUGAAAUUGCCAAACUAUGUAUGUUAAUGGUUUAAUUAGCAUGUUCGUUUUUAGAUGGAUGGAGUAUCAUGCAUCUGGAAGUUUGGAUGGGUUUUAAUGUUACUACAAUACAAAUGUAUAUUACAUAUCCUACGUAACAUUUGCAGCCCUGUUGGUUUUAAGAUUCUGCUCAGUGAUGUUGAUCCGUCACUUAUUGAAAGUUUUAUGGUAAUGUGGUAGUACUGUGCUCAGUAAAAGCACAGAAGAGCUGUAAGUGAAACAGGAAAGUGAUGAAAGAGAGUUGUUUUCAACCUUUUGUAAAAAGUUCCGUAUUUUGCAUAUGGGAGUGUCCAGACUGGGUUGUUUUACUGAUGUCUAACAUCAAAAUCCAGAUAUUACAUGCCUCAAUAAUCCGUGGUGUGUAAAUGGUGUUCUUGAGUUGUGGAAUUUGUGAAAUGUUGCACCGUUAUGUAGGUGCGAACAGGUAUACGGAUGCCUGAAUCACAGUAUCCAAUAGUAUAGGUGGAAAGAGGUUGUUUAUGUCUACUACUGUAAGUUCACAUUUGGGCUUAACUUUUUUAAAAUUUUGUUUCAUGUCACUUCUCUCUUUUUUUCUCCAUUUCACUUCAUCUAUUCAGGUGUUUUAUUUUUUCAAACAUUUUACACCAAGAAGAUAAAACUGCUUUAUUUUGUUUUAUUUUGAAUAAAUUCUUGUAAAGCGCACUGCUGCAGUCAGACUGAGGAAGUUAAAGGCUUGUUUUGAAAGGAAGUAAACUGUUUUGAAUGUUUGUGCAAAUCUGAAUUGCAGAACUUGCAGACAGUAUCGUUGUUGUUUGCAGUGACUUUACCUGUUCUAUAGCACUUCAGCUUAGUCAUGCAUAGAUAUAAAAAAAAAUACACUGUUGCAGUAUAUUUAUUUAAAGCUUUUUAAUGGUUUCAACUGUACACAACACAAGUAUUUCAGCUGUGCUACAUUAAAGUUAACCAGUGAUUUAAACUUCGAUUGGUAUUGUAAUUUCAAUUUCAAUCAAAACAAUAAUAAAAAAAGACUUUUUUUUAAUUAA